AUGUCUGUUCGGCAAGCCCCAUCAGGUCGGCAAGCCCCCAAGCCCCUCAGUUGGCAAGCCCCAACAGGUCGGCAAUCCCAUCAGCUCGGCAAGCCCAUCAGCUCGGCAAAGCCCCAGCAGGUCGGUCGGCAAGCUCCAUCAGGUUGGGCAAGCCCCAGCAGUCGGCAAGCCCAGCAGGUCGGCAAGCCCCAACAGGUCGAGAAGCACCUCAGGUCGCAAACCCUAUCAGGUCGGCAAGCCCCAUCAGGUCGGCAAGCCCCAGCAGGUCGACAAGCCCCAACAAGUCGGCAAACCCCAUCAGGUCGGCAAGCUCCAUCAGGUCGACAAGCCACAACAGGUCGGCAAGGGUCGGCAAGCCAGGUUCAAGGUAAGCCCAUCAGGUCGCAAGCCCCAGCAGGUCGGCAAGCCCCACAGGUCGGCAAGCUUAAGCCCCAUCGGCAAGCCCACAGGUCGGGCAAGCCCAACAAAGCCCCAUCAGGUCGGCAUCGGGUCGGCAAGCCCAACAGGUCGUUAAGCCCCAUCAGGUCGGCAAAGCCCCAUCAGGUCAAGCCCCAUCAGGAAGCCCAUCAGGUCGGCAAGCCCCAACAGGUCGUUAAUCUCAGGUCGGCAAGCCCCAUCAGGUCGGCAAGCCCUUCGGCAAGCCCCCAGUUCGUUAAGCCCAUCAGGUCGGCAAGCCCACAGGUCGGCAAGCCCCCAGGUCGGCAAGCGGUCGGCAAGCCCCAACAGGUCGUUAAGCCCCAUCAGCAAGCCCAACAGGUCGUUAAGCCCCAGGUCGGCAAGCCCGGGUCGGCAAGCCCCAACAGGUCGUUAAGCCCAUCAGGUCGGCAAGCCCCAGCAGGUCGACAAGCCCAUCGGGUGGGCAAGCCCCAACAGUUCGUUAAGCCCAUCAGGUCGGCAAGCCCAUCAGGCGGCAAGCCCCAACAGGUCGUUAAGCCCAGGUCGGCAAGCCCCAUCAGGUCGGCAAGCCCCAUCAGGUCAAGGGUUCGGGUGGGCAAGCCCCAACAGUUCGUUAAGCCAUCAGGUCGGCAAGCCCCAUCGGUUUCGGCAAGCCCCAACAGGUCGUUAGCCAUCAGGUCGGCAGGCUCAUCGGGUCGACAAGCCCCAAGUUCGUUAAACCCCAUCAGGUCGGCAAGCCCCAUCAGGUCGACAAGCCCCAUCGGGUGGGGCAAGCCCCAAAAGUUCGUUAAGCCCCAUCAGGUCGGCAAGCCCCAUCAGUCGGCAAGCUCGGCCCAUGCAGUGGGGCAAGCCCCAACAGUUCUCACUUAG